AUGUGGCUUGAUGCGCUCGACAUCGACUCGCUUGGUGGCAAUCAUGUAGCUCACCUCAUUUUGCUGCUGUACAUGCCCCACAUGAAGUCGCUUGCGAUCUCGAACGUGGAAUACGUCCAUCUCGGCGGCGCCCUUCUGUCCAAGCUACCGCAGCUCACGGCGCUCGAGCAUCUCCGGCUUGAGCGCACGAGGCUCGAUGAGACCAACUGUGCUCUUUCAACAACUUCGUGUCUUCGGUCGGUGCACUUGGACAGCGUCGACUUGUCGACGCAAAGCUUUGAAGCGGUGCUCUUGUUUGCCCUGGGCUCGGACCACCUCGAGGCGGUCACUUGGAAGCGCUGCAGUAUCAUUGGAGCUAGCGUGGACUGCGUGGCAGACACGGUACUGCACUGCAUUACCGAACAAGUGCCCAAGAUUGCCAUGAAAGCCUGCGGCAUCCGUGCGCCGAGCCUCCAUGCGUUGGCCGAGCGCUUUUGCAUGUUGAAAGCGGAUGUGCCUACCGAGAUCAACCUCGCGCGCAACGCCUUGACGCUUGUCUCCACGCGUGCGCUCGUCGAGGCGGUGGUGACCUGCCAGAAGGUUACGAUCGUCUUGUCCAAGUCGGCGUUGAUGGGCGUGUACUGA